CUUGUAAGAACAUGCUUCAUAACUAAUUACAUAUUUUCUAUAAAAUGAUACGAAAAAUAUAAACAGUUAAGCUAAGGUAUGGGGUCAUUUCCUACCUUUGCCUAAGGGAGGAAAAUACUUAAAGAACCCAAACAAUUGAAUUUGAAAGUUCCAAUGUAAAAUGCAAGAGGAGUUAAAAGGUCCUUAUUUCUUCUUACAGAACAAAUCCUGAUAGUGGAUGCCAAAGGAAGACUGGUCUACCAUUGUCAACAUUGUAGUGAAGAAAUACAACAUAGACAAUCAUUCUUAAAACAUAUGAAAACACAUGAUGAAGGGAAAAUGUUCAAGUGUAAAAUAUGUUCAGUGACAAAAAUUCAGCUUAUGCAGUUUGUGACUCAUGUAUUCCGACAUCAGGAUCAGUCGAAACACUCAUCCAUGGAUAAAAUUUCUAACUUAAUGUGUGACAUCUGCGGAAAGAUAUUUAAAGGCAGUAAUUAUCUCAAACUUCAUAAAUCAAGUAUCCAUGGUGAUAAGACUUUUAAUUGCCCAUCAUGUAAUCGAACAUAUGGUGCGAAGAAGGCAUUGCAUAGACACAUGAAGUGCCAUGGAGAGCGCUCCAAUGAAUGCUCCACAUGCGGAAUGAAGUUUGUUUUAAAGGAAAAUCUGAAGUAUCAUAUUGCAUCAAUACAUAGUGGGAGCAAAUCUCACAAAUGCAAGGCAUGUGAUGUAGGGUUUGUGUACCGCAGUCAGCUGUAUACGCACUACAGAGCGAAUGAAGAAUGUGCUAAUAUUGCAGAUGUCAAUGUUACUUUUUUCCAAUGUGAAAUUUGCAACAAGAGCUUUACUACAAAGAAAAGCUGGACUCACCAUAAAAUACGCACUCAUAAUGUUGGUACCAGCAAUGAGUCGAGAUUUGCCUGUAAGCAGUGCAGUAAAUCCUACGUGAUACAAUCAGAUCUUAAUAAGCAUGUCCAGAGAAGCCAUGUUAGACCACACCUUUGUAGUGUGUGUGGCAAAGCAUUUGGGGAUAAGAAACACCUUGAAGAACACUUCAGGAGACAUACUGGGGAGAAACCAUUUUCUUGUGAUACCUGUGGCAAAAGAUUCACCCAGUUUGGAAGUUUAUACAAGCAUAAACAUAUCCACCUAAAGGAAUUUCCAAAUCCCAAUAAAAUUGAUUCAGAUACAUUGAAUGACCCAAUAGGUUCACAGACUUACCAACAUGAUGACUUAUACACCCCUGUCAAUGCAUAUGUUCCUUUUGAGUAGUCUGCCAAUGCUGGUAUUGUUAAGCCAACAAAUUACAUCUGUGUUACAUCUAAGGAAACAUUCUUAAUUUUUGAACUGACUACAACUUGACAUGCUUAAAUGUAAAAUAAUUAGAAAUGUAAAUUAACAAAAUUGACUUAUUAAAGGUUGUAAAUUAAGAAAUACUAUCAAGUAUCGAAAAUAAUUUAAAUGUUCGAAAUAACUUUUCAUAGUGUUAAUUAUCAAAUAAAAGUAUUUGUUUUACAAAGAACCUUUUUUGUAGUGUUAAUUUACAAAAUUAUUUUGAGGUGUUCAAAGUUUUUAAUAUUUGCUGAUUCAGAAUUUGUAAUGUGAGGGCAAUUCUUCACCAUAGAUAUCAAUAGUGUCUAUGAA